CUAUAUAGCCCAUAUAAGGGAGUACCCCCCCUCCCCCCGCCGCCGGGUUCAAGUCAUUCAAGACUUCAUUUGUAUCAUUUCUUCACUACCGCUUUCGGAUGGCGUUUCAUAAAAGAAUUGGAACAAGAAAUUUUCUCGUUUUACUGAACAGCAUUGUUUUGUUCGAUUGUCCGUUUCCGAGUAUUUGAACAUCUUAGGCAGACGAAACCUGUUUCGGGAAAUUCAAGUAACUGGGAUAUUCGAGAAGUUGAUGAUAAAUUUGGGACUCCACUGUAUGUUCAUUGCUUUGGUUCAAUAUUGUAGUGGUACAAUUAUUUGUUUUUGCUUUGGUUUUCAUCUCCGCCCAAACGAAAGUUAAGAUGAUAUUUUCCCUUUUCUAAACCGAUGAGUCUUUCUUAUCCUGAAAAGCUAUAUCCCUCGUUGUGAAGUGGCUCCUAGUUAUAAAACAAAGUCGCUUCACGCCAGACCUGUCCAGGGCGGACUUGACACCCUUUUUUCUAGAUCAUCUUCUCGUGCCUUUGCUUGAAGCGUUUUGCUAAGUUUUCAUAAGUCGGCGUCUCUUUAGCAACAAACCAAUUGAAACGCCAAGGAUUGUCAGUUGUAAGCAAAACGCUGUUUAACGAGCACGUUUUUAAAACAUUUUACUGUUUAUCCAAGGCUCCGUUGUCACUCACGUGACUCUGACGUGCUGAGGCGCAGGAAUUACGUCACGCCUAGAUCUCGCUUACGUGCUUCCUUACUCUUAACAAUUAGUGGUAUUAGUUGUAAGCUAACUGGUAUCUUGAGAUUAUUAGAGGCUCAAUUAUUGUCACAUUUUUUGGAACGCUUUCUACGCCAGGCAUUUCUUAAACGUACUCGCGAAUGGUGGCACGUGCUAGGAAGUCAUGACACCCGUACAGUUACUUGAAUACCCCGGAGUUGCGCGCGGUGUACAGUACCGAACACCCGUCGAUUCUAUUCCCAUUUAUAGUACUUUACAGCUAUUUUUAAAACAUAGAGCAAUUGUGUUUACAUUCUCGUUAGGGAACAGAAAUUUCUUGUUGUUCUUGAAACUUCGGCAUGAAAUGCUGUCGGCUUUUUUCCCGUUAAAACGGCUAUUGACUAUUGGUGGUGGUAUAUUUGUUUGUGUGCUUCGAAAUAAUUUCUAGAAGACCCUAGAAUCGACUAGAACACACCUGUAGAACGACUUAAGAGGCGUGAAGUGGAUAUUAACUAUUAACAGAAGUCUAGACAGAGGAGGUAGGCCAGGUGUCUUGGGAUCGUGCGGCGACAUUGAGCAAUGAUUUAGCAUGAUAGUAGUAAGACAGCAUGUCCAAUAAUGUCUCUCUAUUAACGUGAUUACACAACUUAUUGUUCUAAGUCAAAUUUUACGGAAAGCCGUUCAGAUUUUAGGGCACUUUUGAAGAUCUGUUGUAUUUCCGCUAGAAAUGCGGAAAUAGCGGUGAAUCUCGUGAUGGAAAUUUAUUCCCGAGGCCUCGCUAUUGAACUGAGUAACAUCAUUCAUGCGGCUGCCCCGCGGGGUCAGAAUUUACACGGGGGCUCCUAGGAUGCCUUCUGGAGGCUAUGACACUUCAUGUCACGUCCUUGAACUCGAAACAACUGCAGGAAUGGUUUUUUUUUUUUUUUUUUUGACAGUUAAACGCUGCAUGAAAGCCGAAAACAUAAUUUAACAUACCGAACGUGUGUUGGGUAUGUGUUGAACGUGUUUCUAGCUAUUUCGCGUUUGCAAACGGCAGAAGGAAAAGGAAAUGAAGACUGGAAGAUUGCCACCUCUGUUGUUAUCGUUCGUAGAUAUCGCGAUUAUAAUUCUUGAAAGAAAAACUUUCCAGUCAGGUAUAGACUGUGGAGGCUCAGGACAUGGCGAACAUCAUGAAAAAAAGCUUUCAAAUAAUUGAAACGAUAGAUUCAUCUUAGUUAAUUUAAUAAAGAGGACUCUUAUUGGAUUAUAGAUCAAGUUCUCAAGCCAAUUAAUGUGAUCAUUAUUGUUAUUCGUUUUAAUCUUGUCAGUCAGUUCUACUUCUAUUUGGUCUAGGUAUUUCUGCUCUAGAAGUCCAAUUAUUAUUUUACUUAGUACUUUACAUCUGUGGUUUGACCGAUGUAUUGGAUUCCUCCUGGGCUUCUAUGCAACCUUGUCAGUUAACCUUAACCCGCGAUAUUGUAAAUACGAAGUUUUCGACUAGCUUUGCGCGAAAUUUUAAUCCUCUCGAAGAGCAAACAUACUGGAGUGGUCAAUUAAUUGAGUGUUAGCUUUGAAAACAAAAUUAAUUUUUUUUAAAACAAAAUUCUGGCGCUUUCGAACGACUUCAGGAGCGGAUGUCAGCGCCAAGAACAUUGUCACUAUACCUGUUUUGUUUGACCUCAGUUUUGCUCUUUGUUGGUGAUAUAAGGUGACCAGAUAUGCCCCAUGCAUGUUUCAUAAUUCAUUUCAGGAAUGUCGUAUAUGUUGCCACACGUGUCCAGGAUUUGCUGAGUGUGAAUCUACGGUUUUCCGCCCGAGCCAAGAGUUUUUUCCACUUCAGUUGAUUUGGUCUGUAUAGGAUUACCAAAACUUCAUGUUAAUGUGCCAUUACAGAUAAGUUUCAAAAAUCGAUACACACCAAACAGCAGUGAAUUAGGGCUUUAAUCCAAUUCCAGUUCAUGGUGUGCAAGUAAAACCCAAUAAAACCCCCAAAAAUGGCUGACGUGUUUGUUCCUGUAGAGUUUUUCUUUCCUUUGAUAAUAACAAACACUCAAUUAAAGAAAGAACAAUGGGCUGCAAACCGAUCUGUUAUAAAGGACAGGCACGUUUUUAAAAUGUAAAAAAAUAACAUGAAGCUGAUGUAAGUUAUUUUUGAGCCAAGUUGUGCUAUUGUUACUGAAGAUUUUGUUAUUGAUCAGUUCUAUAUUUGUAAUAGUCGGUAAAAGUUUCAAACCGAACUUGAAAGAAUUCGUGCUAAGCGAGCAAAUUAAAAUAGGCUCUCGCUAGAUACUUUUAACCGGUUGAACUGCCCCAGGAUAGAAACACAUGCGUAACUGAUUGGUCGGUUUGGCGCUGAUACGAAACAUCCAAAACUCGAAUUCGCUGUUGUUAGAGAUUUUGCUGGGAGAUUUAGUUAUAGGUCAUUGUGUCGGAAAGAUUUAGCCAUCUCAUUGAAAGUUUUAGCCAACUGUUUUAGCCAAAUGAUUGAACAGUAUUCGAUCUUUUUGGUUUUCGCUAAUUCAAGUUUUGGCAUUUCACGCUGCGUAUACUCCAUAGUGCUGACGUUCCAAAAACAUUUUCCUUUUGAGAUAUUUUGUGAAACGUGGUGUUGGCUGAAACUCGUCGUGUUGCACUGCGUGAACCGGGAUUUCCGGUUUUGGUAUCUUAUAUAUUGCGGCACGUACACUCGUUAUGUUAGUAAACACAGAAGCAGCGCGUUGUAACACUACUCAGAAAGGCGUUUGACGAGGAAGACUUGUUUUGGAUACUCGUGACUUUGGCAAAGAAUUCUCAUCUGUUUUGUGCUGGAAACUGAGAAGCCUACCUGGAGGAAUUACGUGAAAGAAUUACUGUAAGAAGACCGAUAUAUCAAACAGCAUGAAGGAAACAGUUUUGAAGCUCUUUUCUCUCCUGCUAGUUUUUUCAGGAGUUACGACGAGUGAAGACCAAUCAGAAAAAUGUGAUUCUCCACUCGGCUUGUCUCUCCCAGACAACAGAUGGACUGCUUCCUCUACAUCAGACCGCAGCACGUUCGCUGCUCAUUGCGGGCGCAUGAACAAUUCUCCAGACACUGUUGGAUGGUGUUCUUCAACUGCUAAAGAAGAGAAAGCGUUCAUAGAGGUUGACUUGGGUCACGACAUGCGCGUUACAGCCUUGUCCACCAUUGGAGUACGGGUAAAGAACGCGUCAACUGGGAACUACAGCUUCAUGUACGUGUCACAGUAUUUCCUUGCCUACAAACGAGACGGUGACAAGACAUGGAGGCGAUACCACAGAAACGACGUGUCACUGACGAUUAUUGCGGUUAAUGGUUCCGGGCUUCACAAGCAUCACUUACAGACUCCUCGUAUUGCACGCCACGUGCGGCUGGUGUUUGACAAAGGAAUAGGAGACAGAUGGUGUCUUAAGGUGGAAAUACACGGCUGUUCUUGGACUAAACAUGACGGCUUGAUAUCGUACCGUAUCUCCCAGGGAAAUCUCCGAAAGAAUAUGCCCGGGUGGAAAUCUUUACGAGAUAACGGCUACGACGGCACAAGGCUGUCCUUUGGGACGAAGGUCGGAGUACUUUACCGCGGACUGGGUCAGUUAACUGAUGGAGUGAUCGGCCGCAGUGCGGAUUGGAAUGACACUGGUAAUUUAAACUGGAUUGACUGGAUUGGCUGGCAGGACUCCUUGACCGCUGACCCAACUGUCACGUUUGAAUUCUCGUCUCUUCGGAAAUUCUCCUGUAUCCGUUUCCACGUCCUCAACCUACCGGGCCAUCACGAGAAAAUGUUGUUCAGCAAGGUCGUCCUUUCCUUCUCCAGGGAUGGCGAGUAUUUUGCUUGGAAGACUAUUUUUGAACCUAGUAUGGCCAAGAGAACGGCAAUGAGCAACAGAGCGUUUUGGAUUAAGGUGAACCUCGAUGGAAACAUUGGCAAAUACGUGACGUGUGAUUUUCUCUACUAUGGCUGGUGGGUGCUGAUAAGCGAAGUGGAAUUCGAAUCAGUUGAAAUAUCUCCCAAUGACAUUCCUGAAAAAGGACAUACCAACAUAACAGUUCCACCCACAACAGCCAACAACAGCAUUUACAUGGUUAAUACAACAAACGGAGUAGUUGUCGAAGAGUCCAGUAACGAUAAUCCCUCAGACAAGAGCUGGGAUGUAGUCAUGAUAUGUAGUCUGGCCGCCGCAGGAGUGAUAGCAGCGUUACUGUUGUGUGUUCUAGCCGUGUUGGUCUGGCGUCGUCGAAGUCGACGAACCCGCGCCGCCGAGCCAGCAUUAAACGGUAGACCAAUCAGAAUCAUCAAUCCCAGCAAGAAAAACUCCCUGAACCGACGGAAUGACCCUGGUAUGCAGGAGGUGCGCUUUGAGAAGUUGAAAAUGCUGGAGAAGGAAAUGGAUGACGAAGACGAUGACAUGGACUUGAUGAUGGAGAAAUGUAAUCUGAAUAACGCUAGGCAUAUGGGAUUCAGGCAACAACUGCUCAAAGCUGACGGAGAUGCUUGCAGGAAUCUCCGUCCUCAAUCCAAAGAAAUCUCCCUGGAGGAAGAAAAGGCCGAAGUUCUCGCAGAGAUGAGGAAAAUCAGCGAAAGUAGCAGUGAAUGAGUGCAGGGUGCCGUGCAGGGUUAGGAGCUAUAUCGUAGCACCUGUAACAUGAUUUUGUUAAAGAUUUUCCGCAUUAAAAAAGAAGCCAUUUACAACUGAUAUAUUGGGCGCAUUUGAGGUUCAAUUCCGCCUUUUUCAACCAAAAAAAAAAAACAAAACAUCAACAACCGUGGGCUCCUAAAAUUGCUGAAAGAAAUCGCUAAUAAGUCAGGGACCGCGGAGACUAUGUUAAUGUGGUAGGGCUAAAAUAUCUGGCUAAGACAAACAUGCACUAGGGAUCACUGCUCCGUCAUUUAUCAUGCAUUUGCGCGCCUUAAAAUAUCAAUCCAGGCAAAAAGCAGCCCCUCCCCCACCGCGGUCCCUGAAAGUAGUGAUUUGUUCCCCCCUUCGGACCAUUAUCUUCGAAAUAGCCAGAUUAUCUCUCCUUAAAAGCUCCCAAAUUAAAGCUAUUUAUUUCAAAGAAGUUUGUGAUAAAUUUAAGUUUGUUUAGGUUUAUUUCGAAUUCUAUGUUGCGUGAAAUUUUCUCCUGUCCUGCAAGUAGUAUUGCUACGCGUUAGAUUGUGUAUGCGUGUUCCUAACUGUUAAUAGUUUUCACAUUAAGUAAGAAUGUGUAAAUCGACUUUAGACUUGGUAAGAAUGUAGAAACCGCGUUAUCGUUAAUUGGGCCAAGAUUUAAUUCAGCAAAAAAGAAAAACUAUUAGCAGUAACAAAUAUUUAUUUGAUUGUUUUUAGUUCGAGUUCGGACUGCAGGAGUCGAUAUGUUUAGCUAAGCUCCUUCAUUAGCUCGACGCCGAAGCAUCUUUCUGGGAUGUACUAGUUAUUUUUGUGAUGUUUCGAAGCCCCGUAGAGGUAAUUGUAUAAAAGCUUGAACAAUUAAGGAUUUACACUAUUUGUAUGUUUGAAAAUUCUUUAAACUUGCGCUUGCCGUUAUACUCUUUUAUCAAACGACUGAGGAAAUUACGAACGUGCUCGCGAAACUUUUUAUAAACAUUUGAUUAAUUCAGCCCAAUCGGGGUUUUCAGAAUUGAUUUACAAUUACAUAGUUUUGAUCAUGAAAACAUCUCAUACACUAGUAAUAGCUCAUAUUAUUAGAUUGUUUUAAGCAUUGUAUAUACUGUUACUUCUUAUGUUGCUGGCAACGGAGAAUUGCUUGGGUUAUCAAAAUAGUUAGGGACUCGAUCACUCAAGCUUCUCUACAGUAUAUCAUGUAUAUAUUUACAAAUAUCUUUCUUAUUAGAAUGUUAACAUUGCUUGUAACUUGCAAUAAAGGAUUCCCCUUUUUUGCUAAA